AUGCUCCCCCAACUCAAGAUUCACGUCAACGGCUCAGCUUCUGUGUUUCGUACAGCAGAGCGCGGAGUGCUGCAUAUCGAAAUCUCCUCUACAACCACCACUCAGAGUGAAGCAUCUUCCAAUGUCAGCAGCACCACCGAGACCGUGAUCAAUACCUUCCGCCAUUUUGCACCCAAGACCGAGGACGGCCUGUAUCCUCAUGCCUCAGCGGGAAUCACAGCCUUCUCCGCGUCCGCCCCGGAAACUUCGACCUUCAUCCCAAGAGACAAGAAUGGCAGGGAAAUCAAAUCCGCGCCGAAGGAGUACACUGCCACGACGACGGCUGAGGUCAUCUUCCGCGACAUGGAGCUCCUCGCGCGCCUCGCCACCGAGCUAUCGGCCAUGGAGAACGUCAGUAUCACGCAAACCGAGUGGCGCCUGACCGACGCCACCCACAUCGCCAUCUGCCGUGAGGCUCGGGUGAAUGCCAUGAAGGACGCUGUGCAAAAGGCCGAGGACUAUGCCGGCGUCGUCGGACGCGAGGUGGUGGCCAUCAAGGUUGAGGACGGCCCGGCCAAUGUUGCUCAUUCUGGGCGAACGAAGCAGACCGCGCGACGGUGGGGUCCCUCGCAGUUGGCUCAGGCUCCCGCACCUACCCAGGCUGCCCGUGCUGCGGCCCGGAUGGACCAGGGUCUGACGAUCCAGGGUCCUGCGCUGGAGCCGAGCACAAUCACAGUUAAGUCGAGGGAACUGUGGACCGAGAAGGAGCCAAGAAGCAGGCGUGUAUAUGACCAGAAGAAGUUGGAAAAAACAGUUCCAUUAGUCUCGAAUGAGUGCUUUAUCAAUCGACUCAAUCGGCUUCCACAAAAGAAACUCUUUGAGAUCUCUAUUGUCGAUUAUGUGUGGGUGCCUCGCAACAGAUAUUGGACGAAGAUGGAAGAUGUGAGCUGGCUUGAGAUUCUCAAUUACUCGGAUCCGAAAAUCAGUACGGCAGAGAAUCUCUCAGAACUAAGAUCAAAUGAAGCUCUCAUGAGCUUUCUGAAGCGCGAGCCUCCAUUUGCGUCUCGAGACUUGGAAGAUGGCGUGUGUCUCAAAGAUGGGAUAAGACUAGUUCUCCAGACCAGAGCGAAGGAUGCCGAAGCUUUCUCUCCCGGUGUUAUAUCGCUAGAGAAGUCCUCAUACAGACAACUUAUACGAGAGUUCCAACUCUCUUUUCGUUCCCUGGAUUCUUGUAGUGCAGUUGGGCCAUGUUUCUGGUGGAUGAAUGUCGGGAAUAACCUUCAACUUAUCUUUCGCAAAUCCGACGUAGAAUGGGUGGGCACCUCCAGGGGCUGGGAAAUGUUACUGUCAUACUCCUUCGACACUGGACUGACAUCCGGUUACGUAAAGGCGACGGAGAAGAUGAGUUUCAGGGACGUUCUGGACGACUUGGUAUUUUGUGGCAGACCUGUCUCCCAUCCCCUGCUCCUACCCGUCCUCACCUUGUGUAACGAACUAUCCUCCAACAACGACAAAAAGCAUAGAGAGCAAAGAAUUGAGCUUCGGAGACUGGAACGCGCGCUGCUUUCUCGGUACGCAAUGGCCCCAGCAGCCCACUACGGGCCUGUGACGGACCCGGACCUUGACAAGAUCAGCAAGACAAUUGCUGAUAGCCAGUCUAUUGUCCUCCAGAAGAGGCCGCAAGCAUGGCAGAAUGUCAUUGACAGUGUUAAGUGUGCGGCUGCAGAGUUUUGGGAUCAUACUCCGGCUUAG